AUGGAUCCCGAAACGGUCCAGCAGUUCUUAGACGAGCAACGCGACGCGGCGCCCGAAGAGCUUCAGCAGGACUUUCUCAAUUUAGAAGACUACUGGGAUCGAAAGCUUUGGCAUCAACUGACGGACUUGCUUAUAGAAUUGUUUGACAAUCGCGCAAGCUCGCCGCAACGAUUACCGCUGUUUCGUCACUUUAUCCUUAGCUUUUCUGAGAAGAUCAAUCAGCUGAAAUUCGUUGCUCUGGGAUUGGCUGCUGCCACGCAAUGUCAAGACGAUCAGGAGCGUCUCGAUUUUUUCACAGACUUGGCCAAAAAGGUCAACAAACCAUCCUCACAAGACGCCUAUGUAUAUGCCCUGGUAGCCGGUGCGGAAGUAAAGCUGCGGCUGCAGGACCUAGAAGGUGCUCGAAAGGAUCUCGAUACUGCAGAACUCAUCUUAGACACCUUCGACUCCGUCGAGGUAGAAGUUCAUGCUGCCUUCUACCGAACGAGUGCUAGCUACUAUCAAGCCAAAGCAGAUUUCGCGCUGUUCUAUCGAUCUACCUUACUCUACCUCGCCUGCAUCGAAACCAACGCUCUCUCUUCCUCCGAAUCCCAACACUUAGCCUACGAUCUCAGCAUUGCCGCCCUCAUAUCUGAUAGCAUUUACAACUUUGGCGAACUUCUUCUUCAUCCUCUUCUUUCUACUUUGAAGUCAACACCACAUGCCUGGCUCCGAGACGUGCUGUAUGCAUUCAACAAAGGAGAUUUAGCUGCGUACGACGCUCUGAAAGGUAACUUUACAAGGGAGCCCCUGCUGGAACAGCAUCAGACCUUUCUUUACCAGAAGAUUAGUCUCGCCGCGCUCACAGAAGCGGUUUUCCGCCGACCGCCACACGACCGAGCCAUGACAUUUAGGACUAUUAGUCGUGAGACGAAUGUGAAGGUGGAAGACAUCGAAAUUCUUAUUAUGAAAGCAUUGUCCCUAGGACUGCUGAAGGGAAGCAUAGACCAGGUUGGAGGGGUGGCCAGAAUCAAUUGGGUCCAGCCGAAAGUAUUGGACCUCGAACAGAUAGGGGGUAUGAGAGGGAGAUUAAGAGAAUGGGAUGGGAGCGUGAAUAAACUGGGGAAUUGGAUUGAAGGGGUUGGCAAAGACGUCUGGGCAGCAUAG